CUGUGCUGUUAAAUUUCCCCGAUGGUUGAACCUCUGUAUCUGUGGAGAUCUCUGGUUACUAUGGCAUUUUAAUUUUCUGUCUCUUGGGGAUUGGAUCACACAGCCUUGCGUCGUGCAUUGGUUACCCGCUUGCGAUUGCUGCUGCCUUCUCCUAUUCCUCCUCCUCCACUUCCUCCGCUUCCGCUUCCUCUUUCUUCUGGAGAGUAGACGACACACGACAAGCGCCGGAUUCCUCGGGCCCGGAGGGACGCUUGCAAGCCAAGAUGGGUUCCGCAUCAAAUUUUGCAAAGACGAUGAUCAUCCCCGCGGUGAUCUCGCUAACCCUUUAUCUCCUUUUCUCCUUCGUGAUCAUCCCCUUCUUUCGACGUUAUCAUCAACGUUACUCGCAGUAUCUGCCGCUCCACACGAUCUCCGCCCACACGUUGACCCUUCGGGACCGCAUCGCCGAUGCCAUCAUGCGCCGGUUCUUGCCCUCAUCGUGGCAGCGGCAGCAUCUAGCCGACCAGGACGACAACAUCAGUAUAUACGAUGAAGAGGGCGAGAUCAUGGUGGGGAUGGACAUGGAUGUAGAGCGAAGAGGGGCCCUCGAACGGCAACGCAACUCAGUUGUCGACUCUGGGAGACGACUCAGUCGGGAACUCGAGGCCGGGUUCAUGGAUGACAGUGAGGACGAGGAAGAGAACCAUCCGCAGUCUCGACGCUAGUUUUUGCAAUAAUCCGCUUCCCAUGUCUUUAAUACCUAUAGAGAUAUUUACGGAAUGCUGUCACUAACUCACUCCCACAUGUCACUGAGGAUGUCAUCACAUCUUUGCGCAGCCAGCUGGGUCACAAUAUCUACAGUGCUCGAAGUGGAAACCACCCGUAUAAGUUAUGUUAUGUAGCUAAGUUAAGUUCAUAGGUUCAGGUUAGAGUCAAGUAGGCUGAAGUGGCCAUUGACUCGCACAGAACACAACACAACAUUCGGGGCCUAGAGGCUGCAUGAAUACCACAACUCCAGAUGAAUGGGUCCAUUGCGGCGGCACGGGGCAGGUUUUCUUAUUGCGGAAGGAAUCCAGAUAUAGACUACUGUCAAGGCGUCGCCAGGAAAGUCUAUGUCAGUG